CCCAGCAUUACGUCACCACAGCGCGACUUGGCGGCUGGCGUGUUCUCAGUGGAGAGCAGAACCGAGCGAAAGAGACCAUGUAGAGCACACUGUUGAGUGGACCUAAGGUAUUUACAACCGUGUCAGUGUGAAUUAGAGAUGAAACAGCGCUAAAAGACUCAAAGUUUCCUCCGUUGGAGCUUCGCGGGUGAUCGUGAUGGAGAAGUGUCUGUGGUGCACCACCUCCCUGGAGGCGGAGGGUGAUGCAGCGAUAGUCGCCAUGCUGCGUCGCUACAGCUCAGGGGAGCUGUCUCGGAGAGAGAUGGAGUCUCUGAAUGAAGACCUCGGCUGCUGUCUGGAGUGUGUGGUGGAGUAUCAUCGAGCCAGAGACAAGGUCCCUCAUCUGCACAAGCAUUUGUGGGAAAUGGAAAAGGCUCGACUCGUGCAUUUGUUGGAAACUGUUCUGGACAAGGAGCUGGAGGAGGACGAUAUCUUUAUCGUCGAAGAUGAUCACGAGGAGCCGGUGUCGAAGAUGUCGCCUGUAGAAUUCCACGACCGUCUCCGUUUCUCGCUGUUUGAAGUUCUGAAGUAUCCGUACCUGCUUUGCUACCGUGAUCUGUGUGAUUUGGUGGUAAAGGCCUUGUGUAAGUUGCAGGAUAUGAAGCAGUCUUUGACUGUGUUUGAGAAGUAUCAAGGAAUAUAUCUGCUUCUUGUUCAUCCCAACGAGCAGGUGCGCCGUUGGGCAAUUGAUACAGCAAAGACGAUGAAGAGUGUGGAUAGGGACUCCUACUAUGACCUUCAAGAGAUUUUCUUUUGCAUGUUUUAUGUCAUUGAGCUUGGAAUAUCUUUGGACUUUCCAGAUUUGGAGCCAGAGUCUUAUGCAGGGGGCGCUAUACAAAUGCUCCCCUCUCACCUCUAUGACUCGCAAAACAAGAAGAACUGCUGGCUAGGUAUCUGUAUGUUACUAACGCAGCUCAGUGCGGAGGCAAUGGACUCUCUGUUCAUGGGACAGUUUAACAUCCCGCUUUGCAUACUCAGCACAAUGGAUGGGUUGGAAAAUGAGGAUAACCCAGCUUCUGACCCAUUCUGGCCAGCCCUCCACUGUUUUAUGGUAAUUCUGGACCGACUUGGUUCUAAGAUAUGGGGUCAGGUUGACCCUAAUACAGCAUUCCAGACAAUCACCGGAGCUGCCAGCUAUGUUGCGGAAUUAAGGAACAUCCGGAAAAAAACCAUGGGAAGGUGGGUAUUUUGUUUGUCUUCCUUCUUUUGUUUUUGGUGUAUGUUUAUUUUCUAUGAGGAUAUGCAGUCCCUGGUCACCGUGCUUGAUUCUGAAAUGGGCCAGAGCAUGCGUGUAUAUGGAAGCACUUUUCUGUGGUUCAUUCCAUUUGUUCGUUCCAUAAUGGAACUUCCAGAGCUCAACGCUUCCUAUAUUAGUGAAGUCAUCCACUAUCUUUGUGAUAAGAUACGAGAAAAUCGACACGCACUAACUGGACAGACAAGUGUGUGCGAUAAAGUGACCGAGUUUUUCACUCGUAUCCUUAUUCAAAUUGUUGAGCUACACUCUACUGAAGGGCGAAUGGGAAUACUUUCUCGCUGUGCCCAAAAGUGGGUGGGAGAGAUUGUCUUGUGCGUCAUACUGUCGGAUGAAACACAUGGACCACCAGACAGGAUGGGUGGGAUUCAUGGAGUCAGUUCAACCUCAUGCAACGUUGGGAUAGUUGGAAGACUGCCUGCAUCUGGAGGAGGCAUUGGUGCCAUAAUUGCUGGCUGCAUGAAACUGAUUCGACUGCUGCUGAAAGAAGGGAUAAGGAGAUCUGUCCCAAGUGCGACCCUUUUUUUGAAUUUGCUUAACAAGCAGUUGCGUGGAGUUACAAACAAACGAUGGGAUCUAACACGUUCUGAAUCUGAUGAGCUUCAGAAGUGUCUGUUAAGAGUUGUCCGGUCGAUGCCAGAAAGAUCUGCUUCUCCACUCUCUGUUGUUCCACCACCAUGUGCACCAUCAGUGGAGGCAGCUACAAACACAGUUAUUUCCAGAAAUUCUGUGCCAACCCUAAAUCAGCAACGACAUGAGCACCAGGAGGCAGGUCCAAGCAGAGCAGGAGAUGAAUCUGGUUUUAUCAAAGAGGAGUCAAUUUGGAAUUAUGGAAAUUGGAACUUGGAUGAGGAUUUGUGCAGCGGUCUUGAGGUUAUCAUAAAGGCUAAGAAGGAACCCCUUGACCCAGUGUCAAUUUCAAAGCAGAGUCCAUUUGUUCAGUUGGAACGUAUUAAACCAGAUAUGGGUAAAGUGCAGGAAAUUCGAUCCAGAUUAAAUGAUAGCCAGAAAUUGUCAAAGAUCAAAGCCAUUGCUAAACAAAAGCCUAGUGAGUCCUUAAAACCAGCUAAAGAGGAAUGUGGUUUUGGAACUGCUGAGGAGGAGGAUGAGGAGGAUGACGAUGAACCCCUUGAUAUCAAACUGUUCUAUUGUGAUGAUUCUGAUAAUGAUGAAAGGCCAAAUGACAUCCUGAGUUCUCCAGAAGUUUGUGUCCUGCCUGAGAGCCCCAGUCGUGAUUAUGAUGAUCUCAGUGAAUCACAGGUCUUUGAAUUUGAGACCCAGCAAUAUGUGGCGUCUGCCUGGGGUGAUUCCGAUUUUGAUGCGUCAGACUUGACGAAGAAGUCCAAAUCAGACCAACUACUCAAACCACAGGUGGAUGAAGCUCCUCGUGAAGCGUCUCCAAGUUCAGAGACCGAACUAAUUCCAGAUGAGGACAUUGAGAGGACCUGUCAGCAAGCAGAAGAUAAUAUCAGAGAGCAGCAGCAGCCACAAGAGUCAGUGGAUUCAUGUGCAUUGUCUUUGUCCAAAGCAUCCAGUACUGCAGAAAGCUGGGAUAAAUUUGUCAAACCAAAACCGGUUAAAAGCACAAAAACAACUUCAUCUGAUAAGAAACAGCCUAAAAAGCCAUUGAUAAUUGAUGCCCUUGCUCAAAGCAGACGCCACCCCUGGAAACGCAGCUCAAAACCUCAGGACGUAGAGGAACCUUCCUCUUCAACUACUCCAUCCUCAUCUUCCUCUCCAUCCUGCAGCUCUGUUUCCUCUCCUUAUUUUUCUGCCCCCAGUUCAAGUCAUACCCCUGCGAUUGUUCCUCCAAAGAAGGUGCGUAAGGUUGUUGAGCCAGAAUCAAAAGCAGAGCGUUUGGGAUUAAAAAAGAAGGAAAGGAAAGCAUUUGAACUUUCUCAGCGCUCCCUGGAUUGUGUUGCUAAACUGAGGUGCCAUGGCCAAAAAGUGCAAGUGGAACCACAACAGAAGACAAGGCGAGUGCGUCGAGGCACUAAGACUUCUCCACAGAAACGUAUUGUAAAAGGCAACAAGAAACUUCUGGGUUCACAAGAUAUUCAGUUUUUCAGGCAAAGCCGUGAGAAGCAGGCCAAUCAGAAGCCAGCAACAGGAGCCAUCACAACAUCAGCUCCCAAACCAGCAAAUAUCAAUCAGCCAGGUGAAGUGCACUUGCCGGAACCUACAGUUGCAAGCAGCGAGGCUGGUGAUUUCUUUCACUGUCCUCAGCUGGAUCCUGACCAUCAGCAGGAUAAUGAAAAUUCUGCAUCAGGAACCAAUUCUGCAGGUGAUGGGGCUGGAAAUAAUAAGAUAGUACAAUCCAAGUACUUCCAAGCCAGUGAGACUGCUGAUGUCAACAUGGAAAAAGAAAAACCUGCUCAGGAGGAUGAUGAUGAAUGGAUGUUCCUCACUCAGAUGGAACCCACCGACAUGGAACUGUGCUCUCAAAUGGAGCAGUUUGAGGAAGAAAAUGGUGAUGAACUCUUUCUUACCCAGAGAGAUCCUAUAGACAUGGACAUUGACACCGAUAGUGAGUCAGAUACCCCAGGGCCAACCUUGACACCUAAACCUAUUCAGACUCCUAUUGGUGGAAAUGAUGAUCAUUUGUUCUUGAAGCCUGGCAUGUCACCUAUGUCUCAGAAAAAGGCCAAACCUUCUACCACAAAAAUAUACACCCCUAGCUCCCGCAGUGCCUCGCUUGUCCUUGAAAUGGAAAAAGGAGCUAAGCCUCCUCCUGCUGCGGUGAAAGCGAAGAUUCCCCGACUGCCCCCAGCAAUGCCACCUCCGAAAACAUUUCAACCUCUCCAUCCUCCACAACUCCCAAAGCCUUCCUUCACAACACUCUCCUUAUGCCCCAAGUUGGUCACUAGUUCUAAAAUAAGCUCCACCUCGGAGCCACCAUCUUACAAGGUAUACCAAAGACCUGAGACUCCAGUUAACAAACCAGUACCCGCGACUGAUCAGAGCUCGACGUUUGACCUUUCAGUCUUGACCCAAGCAAUCCUUAAAUGGGAAUAUAGGAUGCUUGACAAUUACAAAGCAUCUGGGAGUCCACAUGAUCUGUGCCAUCUACCGCUGAAGAAAGUGCCAGUUCAGUUUUCUAGCUACCUGGAGUACUUCAACACCUUGUACCCCCUGCUGCUAAUUAAUGCAUUUGAAGAGAUGGCGAGUGAAUGGCUCAGAGAGGGCAGAGUUAAGCUUAACCUAACAGUCCAGGGUAUAGAAUACAGCAAUCGCACAGCUAGUGCCAGCUUCACAGCAAACAUUUCUCAGGAGACUGAUAUAAAACAACUGUACCCAAAAGAAGAUGAUCUUGUGCUACUUUGGUUGCCUGACAACACUGGGUCAUAUGCCCACGAUGAACCUAACUUCCAUGAACCACAUCCUCAUUUUGGCUAUGUGUCUCGGUCCAGUGUUUCCAACAGAGGUUCAGGUUCCAGGCCAAUUCUAAACUUGACGAUUCAGACACGUAGUAAUAUAUCUUCGGGGAGUUCCCAACCUGUGCUCUGUGAAGUUAUUGGAUCAUUGGUCAGCAUAUUCCGGGAGUUCAGUGCACUGUGUUUGCUGCGGAGUGGACCAAUGUUGCGACCUCUUCUUGCUCCAAAUGCAUCUCAUUUCACACACACUCUGGAUAGCCCACCGGACCUGGAUUCACCAGAGUUCAACAGGGACCAGUCAAGAGCAAUAGCUUGUGGUCUUGCCAUGAUAAAGAGAAAGAAGAAGACUCCAAAAUUUCUCCUUAUUCAUGGUCCUCCAGGAACCGGGAAGAGUAAAACAAUUGGUGGCCUGUUGUACAAACUACUAUCUUCGGGUACUAACAGUGCUGCUCCUUCGGGGAACCUUCACUCCAAGUCUCGACGGACACGAGUUCUUCUCUGUGCUCCCUCUAAUGCUGCCAUCGACAGUCUGAUGAAGAAAGUCAUUUUGAUCUUUAAAGAGAAAUGCAGAAACAUCAACGCACCUCAAGGUAACUGCGGUGACAUAAACCUGGUACGAUUGGGAAAUGAAAGGACCAUCUCAAAGUCACUAAAACUUUUCAGCCUCGACCACCAGACUAAAGCUAGAGCACAGCGAGCUCAGCAAACUGCAGAAGCUGACAUACACAGGCGGAAGGAGCAACUGGAACAAAUUAUUGAAAAUCUCUCCCAGCAAUGUGCAAAAGCCAAUAAGGAUUCUUUUGAGUUCAAGACAUUGAUGGAGCAGAAGAUGCAGCUUCUGAAAGAGAGAGAAGGACUGGGUCGGCAGAUUAAAGAGUGUCGCAUCAGGCGACAGGAGAGUCAAGCUGUUGUGCUUCAAAACGCUCAUGUGAUCUGCUGCACGCUCAGCACCAGUGGAAGUAUUGUCCUCGAGAAUGCCUUCCGUCGUCUCGGACAUGAACCAUUUAGCUGCGUCAUCAUUGAUGAGGCUAGUCAGGCUAAAGAAACUGAGACUCUGAUCCCCAUGCUGUACCGAAGUCCUGUUGUAAUCCUUGUUGGUGAUCCCAACCAGCUUCCACCAACAGUUGUCUCUCAGAAAGCAAAGGAGUUUGGCUUUGACCAGUCUUUUAUGGCAAGGUUAUGCAAAAGUGUUUGUCAGUCAAACCCACAACUCUCUCCCAUCCUCCUGCUCAGCGAACAGUACCGCAUGCACCCGGAAAUCUGUGAAUUCCCCUCCAAGUACAUCUACAACAGCGCUCUUAAGGAUGACUGUGAGACCGCUCAGAAGCGCUGUUCCCUCAGCUGGCCCUUCAAGCCCUACAAAGUGUUCGACGUGACGGAUGGGAUAGAGAAGAAGGAGAGAGAUUCAUUUUCCAAUCACAAAGAAGUCAAGCUGGUCUUGCUGCUGUUGAAGCUGCUGGGUGAGAAGCAGUCCGUGCGAGUGGGCGUCAUCACGCCCUAUAACGCCCAGAAACAACGCAUACUGGAAGCCAUCAGGGGUUCAGGCAUUGACAACAAGCAACUUCAGUUUAGGGUUGAUGUGGAUACUGUCGAUGGCUUUCAGGGCAGAGAAAUGGACUGCAUCAUUGUGUCUUGUGUGAGAGCCAGCAGUGAAACGGGCUCCAUUGGGUUUGUUGGAAAUCGGCAGAGAAUGAAUGUAACCAUCACCAGAGCCAGAUUUAGUCUCUUUAUACUGGGACAUAUACGCACACUCAGGGAACAAAGUGAUUGGGGAGCAUUGAUUGAGGACGCCAGGAAACGUAAAACUAUCAUCAAAACUAUGCAAAAAGAUUUUGAAAGGGACGCCAGGCAGAUUCUUAAACCAGAACGAGAGACGCCAACCCGCAGUCUCUCUUAUCCCCCAAUCGGGAUACCAAGCACUGUGACCUCACCUGUGACGCAUGCACCUGUGGAAACAGACCCCGCCCCUGCGCCCCGCCCUCAACAUGACAUGAGCAAUGCGCCUAUGCCACGGCUAAUACCCUUGGAAUGCCCUAAUAACCCACGGAUGACCGACAGGCCCACAGACCCACGUUUCGCAGAGCGCCGGCCAAUCAGAGAACAGGGACCAGACAGAGAUAGGCGGGGCUUACCGGAGUCCCGCCACUCAACAAACAGAGCUAAUUCGUAUGAAGGUGACUCUAGAAGUACUGGCCAGUCUUCCAGAUACUCUUCAAAACACAGCAGUUCUUCACCAUCAAGACGACACAGGAGAUAAAUGAAUUAUCCCUGGUUUUAUGUCAUUAAAGUUUCACAGCAUUGCAUUAAGGGAGAGAUUUUUCUUCAUGUCCUCUUCUCCAUGUUUUGAGAACCCCACUAUGUACAAGGGUCAUCGUUAAACGUCUUUUUCUCAGGCAUUGGCUUAACAAUUAGCUUAACAAAUUAGUUUGAUGGCAGUGCUUACUGCUUACCUAAUCUCUUUCUAAGCGCAUGUUGCUGCAAAAAGGAACAUUUAAAGGACUAUUUUAUGCAUGAAGAGGGAUGUUUUGUUCCGUACAACGGGUUUUGGGUUUUUGGACCUUGUGCUUAUCUCCAAAAAAUAUAUAUUGAUGCAAAAACUGCACUUGCUCAAAAAUAACCAUUUUUUGGUGUUUGAGACUGUAUAGUUUGUCACUUAUUUGAAUGUAACACUGAUUUAAAGAUUUUUGCAGGGAUGGGUUCGGUGUGUCAGUGUGUUGUGCAUGAAUGCAGUGCUGUUUGUGUUUCACUGGUUGUUUUAUACUGACUUUUAACAUUCUGGAUUAUUGGAUAACAAACUGGAUUAUUUUUGAUUGAGCUGACUGUUUUUUUUUUCAGGUAACUUUGAUUAUAGUCAGUAUUAUUCUGGAGGAGGAGUUAAAGAAGGCCAAGAACAGAACCGCUUUACAUUUUCAUUUCAAGUAUAAAAUGUCAUGUUGUGUUUUAGUUGAUAAUGAGAGUUAAGUUUGAAUUUGUACAGUUGAAGUAUACAAGCCAGAGACCUGGAGACUGAGAGAUCGACCUGCUACUGUAGCUUUUUCCCUUGAGUUUUAUCUUUUGUGUGACCAGUUUUACAAAAGUGUAUGAAGAGGACUUUGUUUUGUACAGAUGCACUUUUUGUAGACAGGAAAUUAAAAGAAGUUCCUUUUUUUUUUAUUAUUAUUAUUUACAUUUUGGAUUUUUUUUCUUUUUUAUUUUUUUUCAUAUAGUGAAAAUCACUGCACAAAUUGAUUUUGCAGGUGUCCCACUAUUAUUCUUGAUAUGCCGCAUAUGUUAGAGAUCCACUAAAUCAUAUCAUAUGUCUAUUUUUCCCCUCAUUUAAAAUUUAUACAAGUACUUGGUACAUAGAUGUUAAUCAAACAGUACCAUUGCAUAUCUUGACAUACGACAGUGUCACCAUCUGUACCAUGGUACCACCACCCUUAAGGCUUGUCUUUUUAACCAGUCAUUUCUGAUAGUCUUUCCUUAAAGGGAUACUCCACCCCAAAAUGAAAAU